CCAACCCCUUACUUGAACUCUUCGACCUUCAGACUUCAAAUGUUGAGGAAGCUCACGUUUAUUAUUUUUAGUUACAUACACAUGUAUCAAAACUCUUAAGAUAAAUCAAACAAAACUUUAAAUAAUUUUGAAUAUUUUUAAUAUUUUGACGUCUAAUUCGCCAUUGUGUCGACACUAGUGCGCAUGCGCCACUCUGAAGGAGCUCUGUCGAGGUCGAACUGUCGGAUUUGUUUUGGGAGCCAAACAGAGCAAAAAAUGCCUGAAGACCACGAUAAAGACGCGUAUCCCGCGCCUCCGAGGCAGACUCCGGUUGUCGAUAAACAAACAGCAUUGCCAAACCUAACUUUAAUUCUGACUAAAGCCUUUUACUACGCCGUGGACCUGCCCGUCACCACAUUUAGAGAGACUGUGGACAGCAUCAGGUCGAAAAACAGGCCGGUGUACUACCAUCAGAAGUUCCGCCGUGUUCCCGACCUGACGGACUGUGUGGAGGGAGACUACCCCUGCUACUUCGAGGCCGAGAUGCAGUGGAAGAGAGACUACAUUGUGGAUCAGGAGAUCGUGAAGGUGAUCCAGAAGCGUAUGGGGGCCUGUCAGCAGAGAGAAGGUAACAGCUACAUACAGAACUGUGCCAAGGAGUUACAGCAGUUUGAGGAGGUGACCAAAAACUACCAGCUACGCUAUGGAGACUUGGGAGCGUAUGCUAAUGCGAGGAAAUGUCUAAUGAAGCAAAAGGAGCGAAUGAUAGCUGCUCAGGCUCAGAGCUCCUAAACCAUCCUCAACCUGUCCUGUUAGUUGUAAAAUAAAGUGUAAGUGAUGAAAAA